UCUGCACUAUUACCCGCCGGCGUCUACUGUGUAGAAAACCGAGCGCACCUCUCACUCAGGGACGAACAGGAAAUCCGGAAAAAGGAAAAAUCUGAGGGAAGGGAAAAGUUACGAUUUUAUGAAAGAUGAGUCGCAUUUAUCACAACACGUCUCUGCAGAACAAGCCGGUCCACAGUGAAAAGUUUGACCGUGCGUGGUGUCCCUCUGCGUUUGAAAGUGGCCCCGGAGUGCUUUUAGAAGGGAAGCUGCUCGAUGUUUCCAGACAUGCAAUCACUGACAGCAACAAUCAAAAGGUACGUUUCUACGUGCUGUACAUCCAACCGAGCCGCAUCCAUCAGCGGAAGUUUGAUGCCAGUGGAAAGGAAGUGGAGCCAAACUUCAGUGACACCAAAAAGGUCAACACUGGUUUCCUCAUGUCCUCCUACAAGGUAGAAGCUAAAGGGGAGUCGGACCGUUUGUCUGAGGAGCAGCUGUCAGCCGCGGUGAACAAAGCCGAGCUAAUGAAGAUAACUGACAAGCACCGGCCCGCUGGGACCUGGGCCUUUUGGUAUCCGGAAGCAGACAUGGAAAAAACAGAACUAGAAACAGGGCAGGACGUACGGUUGAAGACUAGAGGAAACAGUCCUUUCGUAUUCUCUUUGGCCAAAAUUGAUGGCGGCACAGUGACCAAGUGUAACUUUGCUGGAGACGAUAAGGCUGGAGCUUCAUGGACAGACAAAAUAAUGGCCAACAAAGCAGACACCAGCAGCACUCAGAAGCCUGGAGGAGGAGGCGAGGGAGCAGAGGAGGACGAAUGGGAUGAUUGAGAAAACUGUGUUUCCCACCAGUCUGAACUCAGGGCCCCGAUCCAUUCUCCAGCAUGGAUUGGACUUCGACUAUUAUAUCUUACAUAUGUUGCCGUAGGGCUGGAAACCUCGCGUCACCUCUACAGUAUGGGACUAGCUGUCUUGGAAACUGUGCUCUUCUCUUCUUGUAUGCUUCACCACAUUUACAUAAGUCAACCUGCAUGUUCAUGUUUUUGAAUAUGGAGGCCUGCAAAGAAUUCAUGGUAGUAAUGAAGUUUGUAAUAUCACAAAUUCUUAUUCUAAUUUUAACUGAGAAAAAAGUGACAUUCAUGUGAUGAUUUUUACAAAUUAUUUUUGUUUAACCUUUAUGAAUUUUAUAGAGAUAAUGUUUCCAAUCAUCUGUUAUAUUAAAGUGCAGCCAGUGUGCAGUAUUAAAGAGCACAGGCUUGAGCAUUAUGGUUUUCUAAAUAAACAUGCAGCAUGCUACAUGAGUGGAGAGCCCUCAAAUUGCAAACCUGUUUUUCUCAACUGGCUUUUUUUUUUUUUAAGUGCUUUUUGGCUUUGAAUACAAGGACCUAUUUGGGCCACGUUAAGAAAAAAAAAAAUAUUAUUGAUCAAUUUAAGAAUAAAAAUACAAUUUUGAGAUUAAAGUUUAAAUAAUAUUUUGAGAAUAAAGGAAAGAAAUGUGAAAAUUAAAAAUGUCUUGCGUUAAGUUAUUUGUCUUUUAGCUCAUAAACACGGAGUGGUGAUAAUUAGAAAACACUGAAGAGAUGGUGCAGAAAUCUGCAGCUGAUCAGAAGUUAAAAAAACAAACCGAAACCAAUGGCUGGAAGUGGACGCAUGCAAGGAUACCGAUGGCUAUGCAAUAAAGAUGGAUGUCGUCUCACGAUGAGACAGCUGAUCGAGUUGUUUCACUAAAUCGUCUACACGAGGCAUUUUGUAGAGGUUGCAGGAGCCGUGGCAGUUGUUUGGCUUUAAACAACAAUUGUAAUCUUCACAUUUCGACUUUAUUCUCAAACUAGUAUUUUGAGUUUCAUCUACAAAUUUUGACUUUAAUCUGAAAAUGAAUGUUAAUUUCUUUUUUUCUUAAUGUGGCUCUAAUACUCCUUCGUGGUUGAGCUAAAGGGCAAUGUGACUUUGUGCUUUGAAUAAAAAGAA